UCUGUCAAAGCCCACAUUUAAACUGCUGCCUGCCUGUGCAGCAGCUGAACAACUACGGAAUGGAUUUUAUACACCACGAUUCUGGGUUAAAACAACUCCAAACCAUUUCUAUUACUGCCUAGCAACAAUGAAGGAAGGAGCAGAGGGAGAUCCUAUUACUGAGGACAGCUGAGGCACUACGCGCUUGCACUCCCUGCUAACAUUUCCAGCAGAAAUAUGGAUCCUGAGGAGAGCAGAGCACAGCCCUGUAUUGUCCGAGCUGCGAGGCACCAGAUGUGAGAGCCCCAGCGCAGCGGCUGCGAGCGCAGCCGGCCCCGCAGCAGCAGCAGCAGCCACAACUCCUGUCCUUUUGUCUGCAGCAUGAACAAAAAGCCCCGAGCCAAGGACGCCGCUGGCCAGCGAGGAAGGUAACACGGACACGGGCAGACAGAUGGACAGAGCGGAUCCCGGGCACGGCGGUGGCAGGAAGCAGGGCUGCUGCGGGAUGUGCGCAUGGUCGGGAGCAUCUUUUUUGCUGAAGUGAUGGCGUGCCCAAACUAUUUUCUGUGGGUAUAAUCCUGCACCAUAAAUGGCCUGACCAAGGAAGAGUGAGCCAUUUGCAGACGAUUGCUCAACUCAAAGGAAAAUGAAUACCAAAGAAUAGCAGUGGAUUCUAAACCAAUUGAAAAAGCCUUUUCCCUGGGCAUUGUCUCAUAUCCCAUCACUGGAUCCUUACAACAUGCUUCAGUGGAGAAGACGACACUGCUGCUUGGCAAAGAUGACCUGGAAUACCAAAAGGUCUCUGUUUCGCACCCAUCUCAUUGGCCUGGUCUCUCUGGUGUUUCUUUUUGCCAUGUUUCUGUUCUUUAACCAUCACGACUGGCUGCCAGGCAAGGCUGGAUUCAGAGAAAACCCCAUGUCUUACACCAUACGAGGAUUUAGAUCUACAAAAAGUGAGACCAACCACAGCUCUCUGAGGAACGUGUGGAGAGAUGCUGUGCCUCAGACACUCAGGCCUCAGACAGUCACCAACCCCAACAACACGGAUCUGUCCCCGCAGGGAGUAACCGGUUUGGAAAACACCCUCAGUGCCAAUGGAAGUAUUUACAACGAGAAAGGCACUGGGCAUCCAACUUCCUAUCAUUUCAAAUAUGUCAUCAACGAGCCUGCCAAGUGCCAGGAAAAAACCCCUUUUCUAAUACUGCUCAUAGCUGCAGAGCCAGGCCAGGUGGAGGCCAGACAAGCGAUUCGACAGACCUGGGGCAACGAGAGCCUGACACCUGGCAACCAAAUCGUGCGGAUCUUUUUGUUGGGCUUAAGCACCAAGGUAGAUGGAUACCUCCAGAGAACCAUCCUCGAGGAAAGCAGACAGUACCACGACAUCAUUCAACAAGAAUACUUCGACACCUACUAUAAUUUAACUAUAAAAACUCUGAUGGGAAUGAACUGGGUUGCAACCUACUGUCCACGUGUUCCGUAUGUUAUGAAAACUGAUAGUGAUAUGUUUGUCAAUACUGAAUAUUUAAUACACAAGCUUCUGAAACCAGAACUUCCUCCGAGGCACAAGUAUUUUACAGGUUAUUUAAUGAGAGGUUAUGCACCUAACAGGAACAAGGAUAGCAAGUGGUAUAUGCCACCUGAUUUGUAUCCAAGUGAACGUUACCCCGUAUUCUGCUCUGGAACCGGUUAUGUUUUUUCUGGAGACUUGGCAGAGAAAAUCUUUAAGGUCUCCUUAAGCAUCAGACGUUUACAUUUAGAGGACGUGUACGUGGGGAUCUGUCUCGCCAAGCUGCGGAUUGACCCCAUGCCCCCACCCAACGAGUUUGUCUUCAAUCACUGGCGAGUUUCUUACUCCAGCUGUAAAUACAGCCACCUAAUUACCUCCCAUCAGUUCCAACCUAGCGAACUGAUCAAAUACUGGAACCACUUACAGCAGAACAAGCACAACGCCUGCGCCAACGCGGCCAAGGACAAGGCCGGCAGGUACCGCCACCGCAGACUGCACUGAGGGCACGCAGCGCCCGCCCGCGGCACGUGUACAUAAACAGCGCUCAACGCAUGGACAGGGAGCGGCCAGCAGCCCCAGCUCCGAGCCCAGCACACAGUGCAGGAGGGAAAUUAUUUUUUUAAGUUAAAAAAAAAAAUUAUAGCUCUUGAAUAUGAUGAAAUUAUAACCAAAAGGUUUUCCCAGCGAAUUCGAGAUUAAGCUGAAAAAAUGACAAGAUGGUGUAUAAGGAUUUCUGUGUUAACAUGCAAUAAUAAGCAUGCACACUUUGGUGGUACAAUUGCUGAUUCAUGUGCCAGUAAAAUAUAAUUGAGCAUAUUUUCCACACUAAAAUUUUUAUUUUAAGGAGUGCAUUCAUAGCUCUAGUUCUCUUCCAUGUAAUUUCUUAUUAUCCAGAACUGCUAUAAAAUGAAAAAUUAAAAACUAAGGAAUUGCACAAAGGGCAGGUCAGUUUUACCUUCAAAUGCCACAUGACAAUUAUUACACACUAUUUUAAUGUACCACACAUUUAGCAAUGUCACAAUUUAGUGAGACACUACCAAUAAAUUCUAAAGCACUAAGAAUGUACUCCCUUGAAGUAGGUCCAGUUUUCACAAGUUUGCUUAUUUGGUUUGGAAGGAGAGAUAAAUGAAAUCAAAGUUGCAAAGUUGCUUUGAUGAUUCUGAAGAAUCAUCUUCAGAAAUUCAAGUGGUGUUCUGGAUGCAACUUUCAGUUCACAAAGAGCUGACUGAAAGUUACUUCAUUCUCUAGAUGUCACAGGGCAAGCUCCUAAGAUCUGGUGCCAAGUAACAUUCAUUGCACUUGGAACCUUCAUGCAAAUUCAUUGGAUCUGCUAUUAAUUUUCCUACAUAACCUCAAGGUAACUCAAAGGCUGAUGAGAAAUUAAAACAUAAGUUCCAGUCUUGCACUACCCUUGACAAAAUUUCAUUUUUUGCAAAGUGGGAGAAAAGUAAUCAAACGUGUUGUUUUGCUCUUUCCUGUCUGACAAAAAGCAAGAGUCAGCCAAGUGAAAGCACAUCUGCUGGAGAAAAUUAAGCCCCACACCUGAGUUUAUAGGUGGGGAAAACUAGGUCACAAUAAGAUUGAGAGUUCCAGCCAGCAAUAUGGGCAGGAACAAAACCUAAGCAAUUUAAAGUCACAACACGUACCACUGAAAAUAAAUUGUGAGAAGUGGGUUAAAUCUAUUUACAGGUUUGCAGUUUUCUAACAAACAGAACUUUUAAAGCUUAUUUUCCAACUGUUACAGCAGAGUUGUAUCAAAUUCAGGUUAUUACUGCUUGUCACAGUGCCAGGGUAAGCAAUACCCACCUCUGAUCAUCAGCAAAUGAUCAAACUGCAAUUAGUUUUCUGUUUGACUGGGACUUAUUAAUUGGAGAAAAUACAAAUAUUUGAUGUACUUUUAUUAUUUAAUAAAAUUGAUUAUAUUUAUGGUCUUAAGAUUUUACUUUUUCUGGGAAAGCGGCUCAGGAAGAAAGAAAUUUCUAACUUUAGCAUUACUAGGUUUUUCUAGUGUUUCCUAGUCCUUGAAGCCUGGUUACCAUGCACAGUACAGAG